ACAAGCCUACCUUGCCCUUUUCGAACCGCUUCUUAUCUCUAUAUGAUGAAAGGUCAAAACCAGAGCUCCCUAAUGGCGGUCGAGUACAAGAAAUCAAAUUCAGCAAAUGCAUCCACGACCGCUUCCCUCUUCUUGACCUAGCCAGGGUUUUCAAUACAUUGAAAUAAAACCCUCUCUCUCUCUCUCUCUCUCUCUCUCUCUCUCUCUCUCUCUCAUUCCCUGCUUCUCUCUCUUUCGUUCGCUCUCUCGCUUGUUCGCGUUUCCUGAUCUCAAAACCCUAGCUGAAAGCCCUUGGAUCUGAAGAAAUCCGCAAAAACUUUCAAAAGAACCAAAGGAAAGCGCUCUCAGAUCUGGUUUUUACGUUCUUUUUAGGGUUUCGGAUUUAGAAAAUCCAAGGAAGGUUCGAAUCUUUUUUAUUCAGGUUGAGGAUCUCAGAUCUAGACGAAGAUGGAAAGUAAAUGGAGAAAAGCGAAGGUUGCACUUGGGCUGAAUCUCUGCAUUUCUGUUCCUCGAUUUCCAGAGGACGAUCCUCUGACUGUCGAUUCUGCCGCGGCGAGGUUUUCUGAUGCUGGCGUUACUUCUCCGCUGGCAUCCCGGCUAUCGACGCCAUCUACGCCCACGCCGUCUUCUUCUGGCCUUCGGCUGUUGAAGACUGGAAGUAAAUCCUCCAAAAAGACCUGUGCUAUAUGCUUGACCACAAUGAAACCUGGUGAUGGCCAUGCCCUCUUCACCGCAGAGUGUUCCCAUGCCUUCCAUUUCCACUGCAUUGCAUCGAACGUGAAACACGGAAGCCAAACAUGCCCAGUUUGCAGAGCGAAAUGGAAGGAGAUCCCCUUCCAAAGAAGCUCUUCUGAUCUCAUCCAUGGAAGAGCAAGAAUCAACCCGGUAGACUGGCCCCAAGGCGGUGAUCGGUGGAUGACUUUAGUAGGUCGGCUUCCUCCUCGUUCAGACUCCAAUCGACAGAUUGCAUCUCUAUUCCACAAUUCUGAGCCGAGUAGUUUCGUUGAUGAUGAGCCUUUAGAUCCACAGCCCGAAUCAAGUGAGAGAAGCGCAGCAGCCGUUGAUGCUAAGAACAUCAAAGCUGAAAUGGUAGAGAUUAAAACAUAUCCAGAAUUCUCUGCUGUCCAGCAUUCUACCUCCCACAAGAACUUCAAUCUUUUGGUCCAUCUCAAAGCUCCAUUCACUAGUUCAAGACAGAACUCUGGCAGCAGCUGUGCUGAUUCAACUGUUUCUCAUCAAACUUCCCGAGCUCCUGUUGACCUUGUCACAGUGCUCGACAUCAGUGGCAGCAUGGCGGGCACUAAGCUUGCAUUGCUGAAGCGGGCCAUGGGGUUUGUGAUUCAGAACCUUGGCCCCUCUGACCGGCUGUCUGUCAUUGCUUUCUCAUCAACUGCACGCCGGCUCUUUCACCUCCGCCGGAUGUCUGAUACUGGGCGGCAGCUGGCCCUGCAAGCUGUGAAUUCUCUGAUUUCGUGUGGUGGGACCAACAUCUUGGAGGGUCUGAGGAAGGGCACCAAGGUGCUAGAAGAGCGUAAAGAGAAGAACCCAGUCUGUAGCAUCAUACUGCUUUCGGAUGGUCAGGACACUUACACUGUCACCGGUGCCAACCCUCGGCUAGAUUACCAGUCACUCCUUCAGUUCUCCCCCCGUGGUGGUGCAGGUUGUCAGAUCCCUGUCCAUGCGUUUGGGUUUGGAAUGGACCAUGAUGCCACCUCAAUGCACUCAAUCUCACAGGCUUCAGGUGGGACCUUCUCAUUCAUUGAGGCUGAGGGUGUUAUUCAAGACGCAUUUGCACAGUGCAUUGGUGGGCUCCUAAGUGUGGUGGUGCAGGGGCUGCACAUAGAUGUUGGGUGCACGCACCCAGGUGUCCGAAUUAGUUCAAUAAAAGCUGGUAGUUACACUAGCCAUGUCUCGGGUGAUGGAAAGACAGGGACUAUCGACGUUGGAGAUUUAUAUGCAGAUGAACAGAGGGAUUUUCUGCUGUCUGUUGAUGUUCCAUCAAGUGCAAGAUGCAUGGAGAUGGCCUUGGUGAGGGUGGGGUGUAUGUAUAGAGACCCAAUCUCGAAAGAGACAGUGAAUUUGCUGGGCCACGAGGUCAAGAUUGAGAGGCCCGAAAAUGUUGGUGUGUGCAUGGCGUCAAUUGAGGUGGACAGGCAGAAGAAUCGGCUUCAAGCUGCCGAGGCGAUGUCCGAGGCCCGUGCCUCAGCUGAGCGAGGUGACCUGGGUGGGGCGGUGGCCGUCAUCGAGAGCUGCCGGACGGCAUUGUCAGAAUCUUCAGCAGCACGGGCUGGUGAUCAGCUCUGUGUCGCACUUGAUGCAGAGCUGAAGGAGAUGCAGCAGAGGAUGGCCAGUCGGCAGGUGUAUGAAGCGUCAGGGAGGGCAUAUGUGCUGUCUGGAAUGAGCUCACACUCCCUCCAGCGGGCAACCACCCGUGGGGAUUCGACCGAGAGCAUGACCCUCGUCCAUGCAUACCAGACGCCAUCCAUGGUUAACAUGCUCACGCGAUCACAGACGAUGGGCCCGCCUGUGGGCUCAACACAUCCACCACCAGUCCAGCCACCUCGGUUUUUCGUUGCACAACCACAGCCAAGGUAAUUGUAGUGUUUUAAAUAUUUAUUGAAUUACCCAUAAAAUCCCAUAAUGAGAUUUCCUCUCAGUGCCUCUCUUUGUUUUUCCCUCUUCUUUUCUUUCCCCCCUUUUUAUUGGUCUUUUCUAAUCAGUUCUGUGGGUGGGGGUAUAAUGGAGAAAGAUAAAAAGAGGUUCUUGUUGGUGGGUAUCAUCCCGUCUUGUAAAUGGAAAUAAAGAGUUGGGGGAAAAAAGGUGGGGAAGCUAAGCUGGUUGGGGCUAGAAAAAGGCAAGGGAUUAUGGGAUGUACAUGAGAGGUUCCUCUCUCUCUCUCUCUCUCUCUCUCUCUCUUAAUUGUGGGGACAACUGGGUUGCAUUUAUAAAUAUAUAUUGCUCUCUUCAUUCUUUCAAGAAUUCUACUGGAGAAGUAUGAUUAUAUAAUGGGUCUUUUAUUUCAAUUCACAAAACUGUUUCUUCUCAUGGCUUUUACAAGGGAAACAUGACAAGGGUUACGUAUGUGGGUAUUUCAUCGUUAUGGGGUUCAAUGCAAUGGCAGCUGUUGA